GCGUUACGAUGUUGGUGUCUCACUGUCUGACUGACUUCACUUAGCGUGGUCAUUUCUAGGUCCAUCCAUCACCAGCCAUCCUUGCGCUGCCACAGGUCCCUCUGCAGCCAGCCUCUCCCUCUGGUUCAUUCUCCCCAAGCAGCCAGAGAGAAACUUCUAACCACACCUGGGCGUCCUUUCCCCUGCGGGGAUGGGCUUAAGCUCCUGAACAGGCUCCCCUGGGUCUGGCCGCCACCGCCCAAUGCCCACCCUCUGUUAUCAGAGCCCUAGCCCUGUCCCCAAUGCCAAGGCCAUCAGGAAACCACUUCCAUGUCACCCCCUCCUGCCUCAAGGCCUUGGUACUUGAUGGCUCCUCUGCCUAGAAGGCUCUCUUUGAAAAAAAAAAAAUUGAGGGGAAAUUUACAUAAGGCAAAAUUAACCAUUUUAAAGUGAACAACUCAGUGGCAUUUAGUCUAUUUAUAAAGUUGUGCAAGCACCACUUCUAUCUAGUUCCAAAACAUUUUCAUCACCCCCAAAGGACACCUGAGCCCAUUCAGCUGUCACUCCCAUCUGCCUUCUCCCCCAGCUAAAGCGCUACUCGGCUUUCUCUAUGCACUCACCUACUGGGGGUAUUUCAUAGCGAUAGAAUCGCACAAUAUGUGACCUUUGGGGUCUGUCUUCUUUCACUUAGCCCCGUGUGUCUGAGGUUCAUCUUUGUAGCACGUGUCAGCGCUUCAUGCCGAUUUGUGGCUGGAUGGUGGUCCACGGUGUGGCUGGACCACAAUUCAUGUGUCUGUUCAUCCACGGAUGGACAUCCCAGUUAUUGCCACCUUUUGGCGAUUGCGAAUAGUGCUGUUAGGAAGGCCGCAGGCAGGAUGGCUGGUGCUGAGAGGAGUCGGCAGGGACCCUGGUGCCCAUAGGAGCAGCUCCAUCUCCUGAAGAUGAAGGGGCCCAGGUGAAGCACAGGCCAGGCCCCAAUGGCCAGCUCCGGGAUGGAGGUCCACUGGGCCGAGCCAGGCCUGGGGAAGGGGCCCCGGCGUCGGCGCUGGGCCUGGGCUGAAGAGGGAAAGGAUGAUAAUGGGAGUGGCACCCACAGCUUGGGAGAAGAGGACCCCUGUCCCAGUGCUACCAGCCCUGAGCUCCUAGAGGACUUCUGCAGGGCCCAGCAGAGCCUGCAGCCACUGGCCUGGGGCCUGGACUCACAGCCUGAUGGGCACCCAGAUCCUGAAUCAGAGGAGUCUGCAGAAGAGGAGUCCGAAGCAGAGGAUGUGGACAGCCCAGAAAGUUCCAACGUGCCUCUCAGCUGGCUCCCUCAGCAGGAUCCUCAAGUGGACAUGACUGAAGAGGAGGCAGAUGAGGCCCCGGGAGGUCCUGAGGUCCAGGAAGCUGAAGAGAGCCCCCCGAGGUUGGGGUAUGAGACUGAUCUCAGCCCCGGGGGCAAUGGGAACACCAGCUCCACGGCUCUGGGGUGGGAUCAGCCCACAGGCUGGGUGGCUUCUGAUAAACAAGCCAGUGAAGACAAACUUCCAGAACAUUCUGAGGUCAACCCAACUAUUGACUUCAGCCCUGCAAGGUCCUGGAGCAGUGGAACCGUGAGCCUCAACCACCCCAGUGACAGCCUUGAUUCCACCUGGGAAGGGGACGCUGAUGUCCCCCAGCCCCCUGCCCUGGCAGAAACGUCACCGCAGAGCCCCAGCCACCAUCUCCUGAACCCAAGCGACAGAACUGGAGGAAGCGUUGCUCUGGCAACCCCCACAGAAUUCCAGGAGUCCUCCGCGCCUCCAGCCCAGAGCCUCCAGUGUCCCGCUGAUAGAUGGAGGGGAGAAACUACCAGCCUCCCCUGCCCUCAGCCUGGGGACCAGGCCUGGAAGCGGACCCGGAUAUCACCUAAGCCGCUGCCUUCUCGAUUCACCGGCUCCAUCAGCCCCCAGAGCUCCUCGCCUCGGCCAGCUCGGCAGGGCAGGCCGCCGCCCAGGCCGGGAGCCACUCUGGCUGGCCACUCAUCUUCUGAUGCCCCCAAGUACGGCCGGGGGCGGCUGAACUACCCACUCCCUGACUUCUCCAAGGUGGGACCCCGAGUGAAGUUCCCCAAAGAUGAGACCUACCGCCCCCCCAAGGCCAGGAGCCACAGCAGGCUACCUGAGGGCCCGGCCAGGCCGCUGAUCUUCAAGUCACCUGCCGAGAUUGUGCGGGAGGUGCUGUUGAGCAGCGGAGAAGUCAGCCCCAGAAAGGACCUACCUCCUACCCACCCCAUCACCAAGGUACCCCAGGAAUUUCAGACACCUGAACAAGCCACCAAGCUGGUCCAUCAGCUCCAGGAGGACUACCACAAGCUGCUCACCAAGUACGCCGAGGCCGAGAACACCAUUGACCAGCUGCGCUUCGGGGCCAAGGUCAACCUGUACUCGGACCCGCCCCAGCCCAGCCGCAACAUCCACACGGGGACGGUGCCCCAGGCCACCAAGGUCUUGUCCUUCACCAUCCCACAGCCCCGCUCUGUGGAGCGGUGGCCGGGCCCCGCCGAGGGCCUGCAGGCCUCUGAGGCUCCAGGGUGGCCGUCAACUGGAGGAGACCUGAGCCCCUCCUCCCCCGCCAGCGUGGCGGCGCUAGGCCGGCUUCCAGAGAACUCGAGCAUCGCCCCAGACCCCCCCUCAGCAGAGUGGGCCCAGGACCUGGCUUCUCAGGCCGGCCGGUUCCUGGCCAAGGUGGAGGUCUUUGCAGAACUGAUACAAGCAGGACGGCUGACCCCCGGAGACCAACGCAAGGGCUUCCAGCGGCUAAAGACUGCUCACGUGGCCCUGGAGGAGGAGUACCUGAAGGCCUGCAGGGAGCAGCACCUGGCUGAGCAGCUUGCCGGCUCCAAGGGGACACCCAGGAAAUUUGAUCCCGACAGGGAGCUGGAGGCAGAGAUAUUCCAGCUGGGCAUUCGCCUGGAUGAGCUGAAGGACUACAUGGACCAGAGGCAGCAGGAGCCUGAGCCAGGCGGGUCAGACGUGGCUCAAGACAGCCCCCCAGCCAUGCCCUCCCCCCACCAGCCAACGGACCUGCCCUCUCCUUUGGAACAAGCCCCCACACCAGCCCUCCAGACCCUCUGCCCCGAGCUCAACACCAGCAGCCUUGAGCCCCACCCAUUGCAUGUGAACUUGGAUCUGAGCGCUACCAGCAAUGAGGUAGAGGACAGGCCGCUGGGCCUCCCCGCCCCACUCAGACACAAGGAGCUGCAGGUGGAAGAGGAUGUCCACGGCCUCCUAGAGCGGUACCUCAGUGUGAAGCCCCUCCCAGAAGCCAUGAGGAUGGAGGAGGAGGAAGGGGAGGGGCAGGGCCACACCCUGCAAGUCGACGGGCAGGCUCCAGCUCCAGGAAGAUCGGCCACCAGGCUCCCCACCAGGCAGCUCCUGGCGAUGCAGGCUGAGAGGGGUCACAGGCCCCCCCUCGAGGAGACCGGGGAGCAGAUGACGUCAGUGAAGCCAGCAGACUCCCAAGCAUCCAUGGCCAGAGAGGGGCACCUGCGGGGCCUGGGCAAAGCCGGGGUGGCUCCUCCAGGCCCAAGAAGACCCCCCCACCCUCAGGGCACCAAGUCUGCAGCGUCCCACCAAAGCAGUUUGACCAGCCUAGAGGGAAGUGGCAUCUCUGAACGCCUUCCACAGAAGUCUCUGUGCCAAGCUGGCAGGCCCGCCCUGGAGGAGCCCUGGAUGGCAUCCCCCGAGACAGACAGUGGCUUUGUGGGCUCAGAAACCAGCAGAGUGUCGCCCCUCGCUCAGACCCCAGAGCACCGGCUCACCCAGAUCAGCACCCCAGGGACAUUAGCCCAUUCCUUCACUCCGUCGGUGCCCCGAGACGCAGCCUCCCAUCACCAGACCAGGGGUCUUCCUGUCCCCAGAAGAGCUACCGAGCCCAGCACACCCAGGAGCCGAACCCAGAGGGCCCUAUCUGGCCAGGACAGCCCUCUCCGGCAGAGGGCACCCAGCUUCUGCCUGGAGCGGGCCCUGGCAGCCGACGUGGCAGCCCCUGGUUCCGCGUUCAAGGGGCGAAAGCGGAUUUCCGAACAGCUCCCCCGCAGCACGACAAUCAGCCCAACCCCGACCCUGGCCCCUGCAGGUGCCGCUCCACCCCGUGGACCAACAGAGAGCACCUCCACCUUCCUCCUCACCAGGACGGGGCGAGACCAGGCCAUCCGCGAGCUGCAAGAAGAGGUAUCCCGGCUGCGGCUGCGGCUGGAGGACAGUCUGCAGCAGCACCCCCAGGCCAGCCCAGAGCGUCCAGCGUCCACCUUCGACCGCCCUGCCCGGGCCCGGGACCGGCCAGCGGGUUCCUGGGCCACUUGGGGCUCCCAUUACGGCAGCAAAUCCACAGAGAGAUUGUCUGGUGAGCCUGGGAGUGCAGAGCAAGGAAGGCGGCGAGCCAGGUCCUCCUCGGUGCCUCGGGAGGUGCCCCGACUGUCCCUGAGUUCGGAAUCUGAGCCCACCUCCUCCAGGCUGUUCCCUGAGAAGGGCAGGACCGCCGAAGAUAGUUCACAGGCAGCUCGGGAUGGAACAAGAGAAGUGGCCAGUGCCGGACAGCCAGACAGGGUCACCUUCCAGGGCCAAUACACAGGCCAGGAGUACCAUGUUCUGACCCCCAAGACUGUCCUGAGAGGCAAUGGCCCAGUUUCCUGUCCCCACUGUCAACCCGUUAGGACCCAAGACCCAGGUGGUGCUGUCACCAAGGACCCACUGGGACCAUCUCCUGCUGGGACCCUGCAGUGUCCCCUGUGUGGUCAAGCUAGGUCCCCCUCUGAGGGGACUGGCCCAGACUCAGCCACCUCUGCACCAGAAAAGGCCGCCCCCAGAAGAAAUGCACCUUCAACCUCCAGCCCCAAGCAGAGGAGCAAGCAGGCAGGGUCGCCGCCCCGGCCGCCCCCCGGACUGUGGUAUCUGGCAGCGGCACCCACAGCACCAGUUCCUCCGGCCUUUGCCUACAUCUCCUCGGUUCCCGUCAUGCCUUAUCCAUCAGCCGCCGUGUACUACGCACCUCUGGGACCUACCUCAGCCCCGACAGCCCGAGCCGCCGCCGCUGCCGCAGAGUGGCCCCCCACAGCCUCCUCCAGGCCGGCCCGGGGACCCCGGAACUCCAUCCAGCUGGACCUGGAGGACCUGGAGGAGCUCAACAAGGCCCUGAGCCGAGCCAUGCAGGCUGCCGAGAGCGUCCGCUCCACCACCAAGCACAUGAGCCGCUCCCUGUCGGCCGACCUGCGCCAGGCCCGCGGCCUGCGGGGCUCCUGCCUUUUCUGACGCCACCCUGGGCUGCAAGAUGCAUGGUCAUCCCCCAGGCCGGGGGGCAGCUGAGCCGCUCCCGGUGGCCCCACAGACCCUCCCCAGGAGGGUUCCCUCCAUACCGGCCCUGCCUGCUCAGCCCCCAAGUUUCCAAAACAGAAGGGGUGUCAGCUGGUCCUCAAGAGAUGUCACUUCCCAGGGACCUGCGCUGGAGGAGGUGCCGGGGCCAAAGCCACCUUCUGCCCAGAUGCCAUCUAUGGGAGGCUUCUGCUCCUACACCUGGUCUCCAGCUAAUAAUAUGCAUUUUAUUUAGGAUGGACAGAUAUUUUCUUAAACGGAUGAGUUUCCCCAUCCUUGGGGCUUCUUAGGAGGCCAGAUAAGAAGGGAGAGGGCCAAGAUUCCUGGCGAAAACUUGUCCACUGCCUGUGACCCGCCCCUCCAGAGUAGGUGUUCCAGGGAAGGAUGUGGCUGGGGACCUUUCUGCUUGUGACUGGUGGUCAGUGGGGCACUUUGAGCCAUUGGGAUAUCUUAGGAUGACACGCACCCAGCAUCUCCAGGGCUGAGGGGCCUUACCCACAAGCCUGCUGGGAUGGACACCUGUGGAGGGCCCGGGAAGCCGUCCCCCAUGGCCCCCUUCUGUACCUCACCCCGAGACCCCUAGCACUCCCCUGGGGUCCCUAUGGGAUUGGGCUAGUGGCCAGCUACCUGCCAGGUCCUCGUCUGUGGCCAUGAGGCCCGACCAUCUCCCGCUCCCCGACCCCGUAGCAAGCUCAGACCUCAGCUUUUCUGGAAUGUGUGUGCAUCAGUGAUAUUUGUAUAUGUGAGGCAUUUUUUUAAAAAAAUCUAUUUUGUUACGAGGACAAAUAAAGAAGAAUGAAUAUUGAUCUUAAGCCAUGAAGACCACAACUGCCGCGUCCCGCCCCUCAAACAUUCCCAAAGCCUCCCACAUCUGUGGUGUGUGUCUUCCACUUGGGAUUUCUAAAGCCAAGUGUGGGGGUGGGGAAGAUUUGGCACCCAGCUGCCCCUUCCCCUGGGAACUGGUUGAGGGCUGCAAAGGCACGAGCCUGGACUCUUUCCAGUGCUCCUUUCGGCAGCAAAAAGCAACAACACCUGCCAUGUAUGGAGCGUCUCCUAGACCCCGAUCCUUGAGCUGAGGGCUCCAUCCCUCUGUGACCCCAUUUUAUUGAUGGGGAGACUGAGAUUCCAGUGGGCUAUCUGCCCCAGCUCACAAUGGUUUGACUCCGGAGUCUAUGUUCUUUGUUCCUAUUUUUUGCUCUCGAUGGCUUAGGACACCUGCACAUGGAAUUACUCAAAAAAUUCAGCCCCAGCUUCUCUGCCACCUGAGUGGUGUGCUGCCUCCCUCACAUGAUUAUAUAUCACAAAAUCCUAGGGUCUGGAAGGAGACUGGCCUUUUGUGCAGGACUCCUGGCUUCAGACACUCAGUCCUUUUUUUUUUUUUUUUUUUUUGGCUGCACUUACAGCAAAUGGAAAUUCCCUGGCCAGGGAUCAAACCUGGGCCACAGCUAUAACCAGAGCCACAGUGGUGACAAGGCCAGAUCGUUAACACCGAGCCACAGAGGAACUCCAAGGUACUCAGUCCUCUUGAUCCCCAGGGUGAGGGCUCCAAACGCAUUUGCAAGAUGGUUAGUUUCGAGAGACCAGUCUUACUCCUAGGCGUCCUGUCCUCCUCCGUGUCAGGUGAGCACUCCGGGGGCACCUCAUGGAGACACACACAGCCUCUUUGGCCUGGCUCUGGGUCUUCCAAGUCUUCCGUCCUGCCCCCGCCAUGGCCCAGGCACCCACCUCUUCCAGGAUGCUCACAGCAGCCUCCUCUCGGUCUUCCUGCCUCCAGUCUGGCCCCUCCUAACUCUAAAGCAUGGGCCCUUGUGCUUGGCGCUGUGGCCCUGAGUCCUCACCGCCUCUGUCUACUCAGGGUCCUCUGCCUCGAAGGCAGGAACAGCAGGCGUUAUCAAGUUCCUCGCCUUCCCAAACUGGCUCAGAUGCCCGUUCCAGGUGGCCCUCCCAGACUUCCCCACUAGAGGAGGAACCUUCCCCCUGCUGGGCUCCCACAGCACUCAGUGCAAAUCAUCACUCAUCGGGCACUUAUGCAGGGGAUCAUAGCCGGGGCCCUUCCAACCAGGGAUCAGCUCAGGCCAGCACAACGUGAAUGAAUGAACGAGCAAAUGACAACUUGCCUGUACCAAAUGCGAAGUUUUAUUGAUGCAACUGAGGGAGAGAAUUGAGGUGCAAAGGGUGGGUGGGAGGUGCUGAGGAUGGGCCUCCAAGGUGCCCAAGGACCUGACCCAAUGCUAGGACCCCUCCUUCUCCUUCUCCUUCUUCCUUUCCUCCUCAUGCUGCUUCUCCAGCGGCCCACACAGAUCCU